AUGGCGCAGACCACGACGAACGGAGCUGCUGCUCACAAUGCCUGGGUCGGCGCGGCUGGCGCUGCGGGCACUGAUCUGAGAAGCGACACCAUGACGACGCCGACGCCGUCCAUGCUGGCCGCCAUCCAGUCGUGCACGCUGCUCGACGACGUCUUUGAGGAGGACGGCAACACGAUCGCGCUGGAGGAGCACUGCGCGGCCCUCACGGGCAAGGAGGCGGGACUGUUUGUCCUGUCGGGCACCAUGGGCAACCAGGUCGCGCUGCGGGCGCUCCUGACGCAGCCGCCCUACGCCGUGCUCUGCGAUCAGCGGUCGCACAUUGUGCAGCACGAGGCCGGCGGGUGA